AUGGCGAUUUCCGAUAUAGUCGCCGGAAAUUUAACCAGGCUUUACUUGUUACUGAUAACGGCGAUCAAAGUCUACGGCCUUGUUUACAACCGGAGUUUCACCGGAGUCUUCGUCUUGUUUGCUUCCACCGCCACGCUCACUGUACUUCUGAUCGGAACUCUAGUUUACGACGUUUCGAGAAAAGCCGCAAAAGCGCUGACGGCGGCACGGUUGGGGUCAAUAGUCGCCGAUCGUAGUCAAUUGAAGAAGGAAAUAUGCAGGGGAGGUAUAUGUUGGCAUCGGAUGGUGUUUGGAUCGCCGAUUUCGCAAGUAAUUUAUGGAAUUCCUCAACCGGAAAUUGAUUUUGAAGAUUAA